ACCUCUUCUCAGUCUUCCUCUUGUUAAAUUUGGGUUUCCAGAAAAAACUGCUGACAGCCCUACUUUCACAUUCCAGUUUCAAUUUCUAAUUUCUGACGGCAAGGACAACCCCCACAGUGUCAUUACUUGCUUAUACAGCCUCCUUCUUGGAGUCUCCUUCACUUGAAAACCCUCAAGACAGGCUAGCUGGACCUGAACAGACUGCCUGCUGGAUCACUGCGGAGCUGCGAGCCACUUCUCAGCCACCAUGAGUAAGAAUGAUGAUGCUAAUCAAGUCAAGGACUGCCUGGUUCAGCUGAAAUGCCACUUUACAUGGGAGCUAGCAAUUGAAAAGGCUGAAAUACCAGAUUUAGAAAGCAGGGUCUUGGAAGAGAUUGAAUUCCUUGACACCAAGUACAAUGUGGGAAUUCACAACCUGCAGGCCUACGUGGAACACCUCAAGGGCCACAACGACAAAGCUCUAAAGAGCCUGGAAGAUGCUGAGAGCCUGAUCCAGAAAGAACAUGCCGACCAGCCUGACACGAAAAGCCUGGUGACUUGGGGCAACUAUGCCUGGGUGUGUUAUCACCUGGGAAGGUUGGCAGAUGCCAGGAUGUACCUGGACAAGGUAGAGAGCACUUGCAAGAAACUGUCGAGUCCCUUCCGUUACCAGAUGGCAUGCCCUGAGGUGGACUGUGAGGAAGGAUGGGCCUUGCUGAAGUGUGGAGGAAAGCAUUAUGAGCGGGCUUUAGCCUGCUUUGAAAGUGCCUUGGAAAUGGCGCCUGAAAACCCUGAGUUCAACACCGGGCAUGCCAUCACUGCCUAUCGCCUAGAGAACUCUAACAGGUACAAGCAUGAGAGAUGGUCUUCCCUGGACUCCCUGCGAAAGGCUGUGAGGCUGAAUCCUGAAGAUGCAUACAUCAAGGUCCUCCUUGCCCUGAGACUUCAGGAUGUGGGGCAGGAGAUGGAAGGGAAGAAUUACAUCGAGGAAGCUCUGAACCUCAAAUCCUCCCAGAUGUACAUCUUUCGCUAUGUAGCCAUGUUUUAUCGAAAAGCAGGCUGCAUGGAUAAGGCUAUUGAGCUCCUUCAAAAGGCCUUGCAGGCAAUGCCCAACUCUGCUGUCCUGAACCAUCAGAUAGGGCUUUGCUACAAAGAGAAACUAAUGCAAAUAAAGGUAGCCACCAACAUGCAGCCUGCAGGCCGGGAUAGAGAGGAGAUGGACAGAUAUGCAAAACUAGCCGUAGUGCAUUAUAAACUUACUCUGAAACAAAAGCCCACAUUUCAUAUUGCUCUUCUACACCUGGCGCUUGUUUAUAUUGAAGUAGGGAAGUAUGAAGAAGCUGAGGCCAAUUUUAAGAAGUUGUUUUCCAUGACACCCAUUGAGGAAAGCAUGCUACAAAAAGCACAUUACUACUAUGGCACAUUUCAGGUAUAUCAAAAGAAGUCGAACGCGGAUGCCAUUAAGCAUUAUUUAAAAGCAACACAAAUAGGAAAGCCAUCAUGUAUAAGAGACAAAAGUAUUAAUUCUUUGAAGAAAUUGGCUUUAAGGAAACUUCAGAGAAAUGAAUUUGACAAGGAAGCCCUGAGCCUCCUGGAGUAUGUUCACAAACUGGAAGGGGAAGCGCAGGCAGCUGGGGACACCACGAGCAGGCCUGAGCCUGGCUCCGCACUCCCAGACGAGAAUGCCACGGGAAGCGAUGCCAACCACCUUCACUUUUCAUUUGCUUUUCCAUGAAUUUUUAUUCUGUUUGAUGAUUUUAGAAGCAUGCGUUAUGUAGUUCAGUGCAUUUCUCAGACCUGGCGAGGCAUCAUUAGCUGUAUUCAGAAAAUAGUGAAACAGAACGUGUGUGCACCUCAGCGGCAGGAAUUGACCAUUUAGGUGACUGCUACAGAGGAGAAAAAGGCUUGCUGAGCACAUCUGUAGCAAAUAUAAAUCUAGAUUUAUAUACACCAAGGUGUUUCAUUCUUCUGUUUAUCAAGCAUUCACAGGGCUUUAUAAAUAAAUACCAAAUAAGAUGAAUGGGAAUCAUGUUACUCAAACUUCAUGCAGUUUAUAAUCUAGUGAGAGAGAGAGAGAGAAUUAAACAUGUACUAAGCAGAAGUCAGAUUUCUCCAUGAGGAUGUUUCAACUUUAAUUCAUUGUCAAACUGUUCCAAGCCCACUGUAGUUGCUUUUAGCUUACGCCAUUUCGUUUGAAGCACUAUUUAAAUCAUUUGCUGAUAUUGAUCCAAUUAAAAAAUAAAUGUGCAAAGCAUGUGAAAUGAUCUGAGGACAGACCUCACUAAUGCAAAAUAAACUUCUGGAUGAUGUUA